UAAAUAUUGUGAAUGAUUCAUCCAGGAUUAUCCGUUGUUGAUUAUCAAUAAUUCUAUGAAUGUAUAUUGAUAACCAAUAAAUAUAAUAGAAUACUCAUUAUAUUAGAAUGCAUAUGAUUUUCCCAUGUAACCUCAAUAUCAUUACACUCCAUCAUCACCUAUGAAUUAUGAUUCUGAAUUCAACGAGGAUCUUUAUAGGAAGAACAAUAAUAGAAAGAUCAAGUAAGUAUUUCAUAAAAAAUAGAAACAAAUAGCCGAAGGAAUUAUUGCCAAAAACUAAAAAUCAGGUUGAAGAACCCAUCGGAUAAAAAGAGGAGAUGUAAACAUUUUAUAUUCAUCUUAUUAGCCAUUAAUAAAUCAUACAACCUUAAUAUUAAAUUGUGGAUAUUUCAUAGGGAGCUCUUCUUCCUAAAUUAUAAUCUCAUUUAGCAACAGAGGGACAUAUGAGUAACUCUAAAUAACACAUUAAAUCAAUCAAAUUAACCAAAAAAUAAAAAUUGGAGAAUAUUAAUACAGGACAUUGGUCUGCCAUCGAACAUACGACUUAUGUUAAUUUCUUGUCACAAUAUGAAAAUAUUAUGAACUCAUCUAUGAUGAAAAAGACUUCGAAAAUAUUUAAAUAAAUGAGUGAAUUAAUAGGCACUCGAACACCUAGUCAAUGCAGAAGUCAUCAUUAGAAAUUCAACCCUUAUGCAUUAAGAGGAGACAAUGGAAAAAGAUUGCCAAGGUCUCAAAGAAGUAGAGCAGGCAGAAAAAAGAAAUUGCUAUUAAAUAAUACUCUAUAAUCUAGUAUAUACACUUUCUAUUUAUCAUAGACCAAUUAAUGGAUAGCAAUUUGCAUAAUUUUAUGUAUGAUAAAUAAAAUUACUACAAUCCAUUCAUAAUUGAUUAUUAAUUUAAUGAAUAAGAAAAUUAUAUUAAAAAUUAAAAUUAAUUGAUUCAAACAUAAAUUGAAUAUGAGGAUUAUUUAAAGCUUAGACAGGAUUAUUAAAAUUAUUUAGAAUAUUGA